AUGAGUAACGCCUUGGCCGCUGGCGUACACAGCUUUGUCGACGCGUUCGUCCUUAUUGAGGUACAGGAUCCUAGCCUGACCGCUUUCUCUGCCCUGGGCUCCGCCAUCAAGACAGCUGUCGCUGCUGCCACAAGGGCACUGGAUAAACCGGACACCCUGCUUGUUAUCAGCUCCCUCAAGUUCGCCGUCAACACCCUGGUCGACAUGCUCCUUAUCUCGCGCUUUCACGCGGGCAUCCAGCUCACCUGCAACAUGGUCGCUACGUUUGCUAGUCUUGCCUACUUCCUGUGGAGGAUGAGUUGGCCGUGGUGGCGGCCACAGCGGUCGCUGGAUGGCGAGACGAGGCGCGACUUUAUGCAGACGCUGCCCACUUUUCGAUCCUUGGUUGUUCUUCUGCGACCUGGCCUAUUAACCUUCGCUGAAUCCGCGAUUCGCAACGCCCUCUACCUGUGGCUUGUUUCAACCAUAUUGGCCCUGAGGGCGGGAAUAUGCCAUAGCAUGGAGCAUCUUCAACACGAUCCGCUGGGGGGCUAG